ACUUCAUGAACAACUGGCAGGCAGAUUAUACCAGAAAGAAGAUUUGUAGAAGCAAUAAAUCGUCAAGCAUAUCAGUAUGAAAUGGGUGACUUUCCAACAGAAUGGGAAGUGCGUUAUGUUCCAGUAGGAGUCUUGAAGUUCAAUGAAAAUCUCAUGCAUACUAAUGAGAACGCAAAUGAGUGCUGAUGAAAGAAUGCGAGGGUCUCAAGCGUGGAUAAGAAAAAAAAGAAAGGAUCCACCCACCAUUGAGGAGAUUCUUAAGAAUGAAAAUUACAGAGAAGAAAUGAAGCAGAAAAUCAAAGAUGUCUCCGAAAAGGAUAAACUGCUUCAGGCCAAGGAAUACAAGGAGGGACUUGUUGCUGAACGAGUUCAUACUCAUGUUAAAGGCCACGCCUCAGCCCCUUACUAUGGAAAGAAAGAGCCUUCACAAGACCCAACAAGCACUGCGAGUAGCUUUCAGCCAGGCUCCUGGAUGCCACCAGGCAGUGGUAGUAGUCAUAAUAAAUAAACAGUUGCAAUGUACAGAUAGUGCUAAGGGAUAAAUAUUUUAA